UUUAGUAUAUAUAUAUAUAGGUAUAUAUAUGUAUUUUAUUUUAUCGAAAACAUUCAACGUAUGUAAAUAAACUGUUUGUGAUUUACUAUGUUUCCGUUACGUAAAGCAGUCAACAUUUUGAGAAUUCCAUGUCCAAAUUGUUUUCAUUUUCAACGCUAUGCUACUCGUAAACGAUUUUAUCGUAAUACGAGUAUAAUACAAAAUGAGCAGAAUUGGGAAGUAACUCUUGAUCAAAGAAGAUUGAAGACUCCUAAUGGGAAAGUAUUGCUGGUUAGCAGUGAGCCUCUCGCACGCGCUAUAGCUGCUGAGUGGGAUUCUCAGAAGGAAUACAUAGCACAACCUGUCAUGCAUUUGACAGCUUUAUGCAACACUGCCUUGGAUAAUCCUGGAAAAUUGACAUCUCAUGAUAUUACCAGUUACUUGUUGAACUAUCUGCCUACAGACACCCUGUUGUUCCAUUCUGAUGAAGAGGAUGAGUUGAGAGUUUUACAAGAGCAAAAGUGGGGUGCUAUAUUGGACUGGUUUCAAGAGAGGUUCAAUGUGAAACAAGAAGUCUCGCGAGGCCUGUCUCUUCCUCCUGUAUCUACUGAGACACGUGGCAUCCUAGCCAGACACUUCUUGUCAUAUAAAUUCCCAGCUCUCAAUGCUAUAUGCUUUGGAGCAGAGGCGCUGAAAUCGCCAAUCUUGAUGCUAGCAUGCAUUGAACGUCGCUUAGAUCCUAAAGAUGCUGUCCUGCUUGCAAGGCUAGAAGAAGAAUAUCAGUUAAUUCAUUGGGGGCGAGUGCCGUGGGCGCAUGAGCUGAACCAGGCGGAGCUGACGGCGCGAGUGGCGGCUGCGCUGCUGGUCGUGCAGUGCAGCGUCGAGCGACACUCGUCUGCCGUUAAGGCGCCGCCGGGAGAAAUAGCUACGCAAUCUAAUUAUUAGAAAUAUUCCAAACAACUUUCAUGUAGAUAUUUUAAUGGCCUGUUUUAAAAAAUUUAAAUAAGGAGUUCCAUGUUUGUAUUUCAUUUUUCUCUGGGUCGUAAUUCAUUAUGUAGAAAAGGCUUUCAUUGUCUGAUUCCAUGCCGGAAUUGUUUCUGUAAAAUGUAUUGUGUUCAAUGUUCAUGUGAUAUCUUGGCUUGAAGAACAUAAAUGUAGUAAUCAUGGUAUUGUGCCAAUGCUGUGUACGAAUGGUAUCAGUCAUUUAAUGAAUUUAAAUGAAGUUUUAACAAAUAUUGUACAUAAUUGAUUGUACAUGUUAAAUAAAUGUUACCUUUGUUUACUUAUAA